UUAGGCCACAGGGAGAGAGUAAUACCGAAGAAAGCUCAUAACUAAAUCGUCUGUUCUACUAUACCACAAUUAUAGAGAGAGAAAGAGACAUAUAUAGAGAGAGAGAAAAAGAGGAGCGGCCGGUGUUCAGGCGACUGCCGUCCGUCGGCUGAGAAAUUUACUCCGGGACACAUUUCGGUGUCUUCACAAUCUUGUAUAUCUUGUUGUCAAUCAAGAGAAGCUCAACCUUCGUUUAAUUAGAGUGACUUCAGGAAGUAGAUUUAUUUAUUUUGGGAAAUAAACAGAAAAAAAAGAGAAGAUUUCUGGUGCCUCAACAAAUAUGCCAGAUUCAGCUGAGGAUUUAGAAAAGCAGAGUGCAAAUAGGGGCAGUCAAGUGAGGGAAGACAGUGAAUAUGUAAGGCUGGUUAUAUCCAACGAACCAAGGAUAGCUGAAGCUGAUAUCUCACAACUUCAAUCAGAAACAAAGAAUAAGCUAUUAAUUUGGUGGGUCAAGGCCAUAAUAUGGUGCUUUAUUACUAUAAUAAUUCUUCUCAUUUUCUUGAAAUGGGGAGUGCCAUUUCUUUUUGAGAAGGUUCUCUUUCCAAUCCUAAAAUGGGAAGCCACUGCCUUUGGUCGUCCAGUCCUUGCACUCGUACUUGUUACUUCUCUGGCACUUUUCCCUGUGUUCUUUAUACCUUCUGGGCCUUCAAUGUGGCUGGCGGGCAUGAUUUUUGGAUAUGGUCUUGGUUUUGUUAUAAUCAUGGUUGGCACAACCAUUGGCAUGAUCCUGCCAUAUUUGAUUGGAUUACUCUUCCGUGAUCGAAUUCAUCAAUGGCUAAAGAGAUGGCCUCAGAAAGCUGCUAUGAUUAGACUGGCUGGGGAAGGGAGCUGGUUCCAUCAAUUCCGCGUUGUUGCACUCUUCAGGGUUUCCCCCUUUCCAUACACUAUUUUCAACUAUGCAGUAGUGGUGACAAGUAUGAGAUUUUGGCCGUAUUUAUGGGGAUCAAUUGCUGGAAUGGUUCCAGAAGCCUUCAUUUACAUUUAUAGUGGUCGGUUAAUAAGGACGCUAGCAGAUGUCCAGUCCGGGAACUAUCACAUGACUUUAGUGGAAAUCAUAUACAAUGUUAUCUCCUUCAUUGUUGCGAUCAUUACAACAGUUGCGUUUACCAUCUAUGCCAAAAGAGCUCUAAAAGAACUUGAAGACGCUGAGACCAGCGGAGAUGCCUCUGGCCCUGGCCACGGAAAAUUCGAGAUGGAUCAGCUUCCACUUGAAAGACCUAAGGUUCUGGGUUUCUCACCAUCAUUUUCAUAGCGUAGAAUUGUUAGUGUACAUUGUUGUAGUUCAUAAGGGUUUUGUCUUACAUCCCUUGAUAUCUGUAAGUAUAGAAAAAGAGAACUGAGAAAAUUAUCUGUAUCCGGUCUACCUCUGUCUCGGUGGCUCUGGGUCUUUACUUCCAAACCACGUGUCAAGGUUUCGGGAUUGGUAAAGAGAAGAAAAAAAAAAAAAAGAUAAUCUGUAACAGUAAAAGGUGAAAUGUGUGUAUCUUCUUUGUUUUCCACCGGUAAGGUUGUAGCUUCUUUGUUAUCGUCACAAAAAUCUGAUAUUUGUUUGUUUA